AGCCAUCCAAUAAUAAGCCCCUUCUAUGCAGGUGACAAUGGAGAGCAUAAAUCCCCCUUGGAAACUGGGAAUGCAUGUAUUGCUGCUACUUCUCUUGGGAGGCUUCUAUGUUAGCUGUAAAGAGUGGUGCUAUGACAAACCCAGCUGUGGGCCCAAUACAUGGCAUUCCAUCGGUCAGUGCAAUGGUGCCAAGCAAUCUCCGGUCAACAUUGAAACCCGGAAAGCCAUGCCUGGUACCCAUUUGGGUCCUAUUGAUUUUAUAGGCUAUGAAGAUCGUAUGCGCCCGCAGUCUUUGGUCAACACUGGAAGCUUUGCUGAAGUUGAAAUGAAGAGCGGAGCGGCCAUCUUUGGGAGGGGGCUACCAGCAACAUAUUACCUGAAGUCAUUCCACUUUCAUUGGGACAAAAGUAAUGAUCCAGGAUCAGAGCAUGCAAUCAAUGGCAAGCGCUAUGACAUAGAGCUACACAUCGUUCACACCAAAAACAACAUGAGUGACGAACAAGCAAAAAAAGACCCUGAAGGAUAUGCUGUCUUGGCGUUCUUCUUAAAGAAAAGCAACCGUGCUCCCAAAAUGAAUUCCUGGAAGACCCUGUCUGACCUCCUGGAAUUAAUCCCAGAGAAAGGGAAUUUUGUACAUCUGAAUGGAGAAUUCUCAUUGGGAGGGUUACUGAGCGUAGUAGAUGUCAGUCAUUAUUAUCGCUACCAUGGCUCCCUCACCACUCCCCCUUGCAGUGAGUUGGUGAUCUGGACCGUCUUCCCUGACCCCAUUGAGGUGUCUCCUGGAGUGGUGAAGAAGUUUACCCAAUCACUCCUUUUUACCACCAGAAAAGAAGGCAGGAGGAUGCAGAACAAUUUCCGUCCAAUGCAGCCAUUCAAAAACCGAAAGCUCUUUUACUUCACCGAAUCAAAAUACCGUCAUGAUCCAGCCUCCUUCUGAACACUGCCAACUGGAGGUUUAGGAUAGCAGGGAUGUAUUCUGGGCAGUAAACGCUAACAGGUUUCCUCUGUCUGGAUGUCCCAAUCAAUAUCCUAAAUUCCCUCCAUCUGUCCCUGUUCCAGUAUCAGUACUUUCCACACCCUAGGCUGCU